ACAGUCUUAUCAGAAAAUUAAAUGUUGUUUUUAUCUAUCUUCAAUCCCCACACCUUCUUUUUUGCCUUUUACUCACUCUAUAGUUGCUUUUCUCCUUGUCCCCUUCUCUGAGAUGAAAAAGUUUCAAGCUUUUCUGGUCACUCUUGUAUUCCUUGUUGCACUAUUUCAGGGAGGAUCAGUAACAUGUAGCAGUAGCAGCUCAAGGAGUGAAGACGGAUCAGAGGAAUGGGGAUAUGUGGAAAUCAGACCCAAAGCUCAUUUAUUCUGGUGGCUUUACAGAACUCCAUACAGAGUCGAUAAUCCCUCAAAACCCUGGCCAAUCAUUCUCUGGUUGCAGGGAGGACCAGGUGCUUCUGGAGUUGGGCUUGGCAAUUUUGGAGAGAUUGGUCCUUUGGAUGGAAAUUUGAAGCCCCGGAAUUUCACUUGGUUGAGAAAAGCAGAUCUCUUGUUUGUGGACAACCCUGUUGGAACCGGGUACAGUUAUGUUGAAGAUUCGGAUCUCUAUGCCAAAACAGACCAAGAGGCAACCACAGACUUGACAACCUUGUUAGUUGAAUUAUUCAACAAUGAUGCCAACCUCCAAAAGAGUCCUCUGUUCAUUGUGGCAGAGUCUUAUGGUGGCAAGUUUGCUGUAGCUCUUGCAUUAUCAGCUUUCAAAGCUAUUCAACGAGGAACAUUGAAGGCUACACUUGGAGGUGUGGCAUUAGGAGAUACCUGGAUUUCCCCAGAAGAUUUUGUGUUCUCAUGGGGUCCUCUACUGAAAGAUCUAUCAAGACUUGAUGACAAUGGACUGCAAAAGGCAAACAGUAUAGCUGAGAGGAUCAAGCAGCAACUUGAGGCAGGUCAAUUUGUUGAUGCAACUAACUCAUGGGCUGAUCUUGAGAAUGAGAUUAUCGCUAGCAGCAAUUCUGUGGAUUUCUAUAAUUUUCUACAAGAUUCAGACAGUGAUUCAAACAGCAUAAACGCAAUGGAGCUGGGAUUAUCGAAAGAAGUGUCAAUUAUGCGAUACUCCAAGUAUCUUAUGUCAAAAAUUUCAACCCUUGGUAGUGAGGACGAAGAUCUUGAAAAAUUACUAAACGGUGUCAUCAGGAAGAAGUUAAAGAUCAUUCCCGAGAAUGUUACAUACGAAGUGCAGUCCUGGGAGGCUUUCGAGAGUCUUGAAGGAGAUUUUAUGAAGCCAAGAAUCAGUGAGGUUGAUGAGCUGCUGACACUUGGGGUCAACGUGACUGUGUACAGUGGUCAAGUUGAUCUCAUUACUCAGUUGAAGUUUUCUGAUAUUUUUAUGGUACCUGUUGAUCAACCCUGUGUAGCACUAGACAUGGUGGGUGCAAUUACACAAUCACCAGCUGCUUGAACAUGCAGAAACGUAUUAUUAUUAUUAUGCACCCUAUGGAAUAAAUAAACUUUCUAUAUUAUUAAGCAAACAAUCUCUUGUAGUGGUGAUGAACAAAUAAAAAAGAUGUUAAAAAUAAAUGGGAUAGAAAUUGUUUGUUUGAAAAUAAAAAAAAUUUAUUAUUAUUUUUAA